AUGGCUUCUCAAGCACCGAUUCCUGUCCUUACCGUGUCACUGUCCCGCCAUCUCAACGGCCGCGACAUCAAUGCUGGCUUAGAACAUCAAUGGUCUGAAUCAAAAGUUCCCGCAUCAACUGCCUCUCGAUUCUCCAACGUCGGCUUCAAUCUCGAUGCCAACGGCAACAACCUCGAAGAGCUCAAAAGCAUACUGAAAGAACGAGAUUGGAGUGGAAUCAUACUUGGCUGGUGCGUGCGCGGACAUAUUGAGUUUACUGAACUUUUCGAAUCAGUUGUGGCUGUCUGUGUAGAUCAUAUUGUGCAAAGGAAGGAAGGGAACAUUGGAGAAAAGGAACCAAAGCUCAUUUUCUGUCGUGGUCCUGAUGACUUGGUCAAUGCUACGUUGCGUAACUUCCCGUUGGAUGUUUAA